GUCCACGAUAGCCGGAAAGCGGCCGUGCUGGAACAGAAGGGCUGCAUAUUUUACUCAAUUCCGUGAACAAAACCCAUUUCACCAUUCUUUGCUUCCUGCCUCUGUCACGUUUAGCUUUCCAUCGGACAGCUGCCAGCGUCUUUGCAGGUGCAUUUCACAAACAAUACAAACAUAGGUAGCAUUACUCAGUCACAAAAUUCUGAAUACCUGCGAAGGGCUGUAACCGAGUCACCGAGUAGGCGGCGACAUGGAGUACGUGAGCCCCGAGGGCCUGCGCCUGGAUGGCCGCAGGCCCCGGGAGCUGCGCCGCAUUAACUGUCAGCUUGACGUCCUAUCUAAUGCGGACGGUUCCGCUAUUUUUGAAAUGGGCAACACAAAGGUGCUAGCGGCGGUGUUCGGCCCCCACGCUGUGACCCGGCGCUCCGAUGUGCGCGAGGAGGGGGCGGUGGUGGUGUGCGAGUACUCCAUGGCGGCCUUCAGCACGGGCGAGCGGCGGCGGCGCGGCAAGGGCGACCGGCGGUCCACCGAGCUGAGCCUGGUGAUCCGCAACACGCUGGAGCAGGCCAUCAUGACGGAGCUGCUGCCGCGCUCUCAGAUAGACGUGUAUGUGCAGGUCCUCCAAGCCGACGGAGGCACCCGCUGUGCCGCCAUCAAUGCCGCCGUGCUGGCGCUGGCCGCCGCCGGGGUGCCGCUGCGCGACCUGGUUGCUGCCUGCGCCGCCGGUCACCUGGACGCCACCCCGCUGCUGGACCUGAACUACAGCGAGGACGCGGGCGGCGGCCCCGACCUGGCGGUGGCGCUGGCCCCCCGGCUGGACCAGCUGGUGCUGGUGCAGAUGGACAACCGCCUGCCAGUGGACACAUUUCAGGCUGUGUUGGAGUUGGCUCGCGAGGGGUGUCGUACCAUCAGCUCCGUCAUGCGGGGGGCGCUGCUGGAGCACACGCGGAGGCUGGCGCUGGCGAGGGGGAUGGCGGGGAGCAGCGCGUGAACGGGGGCGAAAAAUGAAUGAUAAGUGCAGCAACUGGAGUCCCAAUCCCAUACCGGUAUCCCGACUCAUGCAGUGAGCGCAUUCACUUGCAGUGAGGAGGGACAGGCAGCGGCGGGGACACGAGGGGGGCGGGGCAGCAGCAAGG